AUGAAAAGAAAACAAACGAUCGCUGUCUCUCUCUGCUCCAUCCUUCUCCCGCUCCUCUUCCUCUGCGCCCUCCCGCGGCUCGCCUCCGCCUGCGACCGCUGCGUGCACCGUACCAGAGCCGCCUACUACGCCUCCUCUGUCACCCUCGCCGCCGGUUCCUGCGGGUACGGCGCGGCGGCCGCGUCCCUCAACGGCGACCUGCUCGCCGGGGCGGGCCCGGCCCUCUACAGACAAGGGGUCGGCUGCGGCGCGUGCUUCCAGGUGCGCUGCAAGGACGAGGAGCUCUGCGCUACCGCCGGCGUGAAGGUCGUCGUCACGGACCGCGCCAGCACCAAGACGAACGACACCGACCUCGUGAUGAGCAGCCCGGCGUUCGCCGCCAUGGCCCGCCCCAGCAUGGCUGGGCGGCUCGCCAAGCUCGGCGCCGUCGACGUCGAGUACAAGAGGGUGCCGUGCGUGUACGAGGGAAAUAACCUCUCGCUGCGGGGGGAGGAGCGGAGCCGCGCGCCCAGCGAGCUCGCCGUCACGAUCCUCUACCAGGGCGGCCAGACCGACAUCGUCGACGUCGACGUCGCGCCGGUCGGUUCGUCGUCGAGCUGGACGUCCCUGACACACGACCACGGGCCGGCGUGGAGCACGAGGCUGGCGCCGCCGGGGCCGCUGCAGCUCAGGGCGGUGGUGACCGGCGGGUACGACGGGGCGUGGGUCCAUGCCGAACAUGAAGUCCUGCCGCGCCAGUGGCACGCCGGCGAGGUCUACGACACCGGCGUCCAGAUCACCGACAUCGCCCAAGAAGCCUGCUCCCCCUGCGACACGCAGGAGUGGAAAUGA